AGAGCAGAGCGCAGGGGAACGCAGGUAUGAGGAGGGAGAGGAGGAGAAGAUGAGGAAGUUUUUCAGAGUCGGUAGAGAGGAUGACUACAGUCAGACCCAGUACCUUACGGCCAAGUGUAAUCAUCUGACUCAUGAGAAAGCAGUGCUGGAGAGGGAGGUCCUGGUGAGCAGGGAGAGGGAGAGGAGCCUGCAGAAUGAUCUGGAAGCGCUGGGGUCCCGGCUGUACAAACAGGAGCAGGUCAACGUGGAGCUGAGCAUCAAGCACGACCAGCUGGUCAGCAGGCUACGUCACAACCAGGGCCUGGUGGAGUUCCUGCGACAGCGUGUGUGUGUGCUGGCGGAGGAGGGCUCCAGAGAAGCUACAGUGCUGAGCCUGCAGCUGGAGCAGGUGAACUCCGAGCUCCUCCACCUGCUCUCCUCAGAGGUGCAGCUGGAGGGCCUAGUGGACGAGCUCCACACUGAAGCCCUGCAGAAAGCUGUGGCUGCUGAGGGCCUCCAGGCACAGCUGCACAGCAAGACCGUUGAGCUGGAGGAGUUGGAGCGGGGUUACGCAAAACUCUCGGUAGAGUUGGAGGAGCAACUUAGCGCCAACCGGAGGAGGGUGACGGAACCGCAGGAGGCCGACGAGGAGCAGCCCAGUGCCCACCAGAGGAGGGUGGAGGAACUGCAGCAUGAGAACGCCGCCAGCCUCAGGAAGCUGCAGGAUACGGCCCAACAGUUUGAGUGGCUCUGUGAGCAGCAGCGUCACUGGAUCUGCUGCGUUAAAAGGUUCAAGGACGGCCUGUGUGAGGAGAAGGAGAACCUGGUCCGGCAGGUGAGCCGGCUGGAGAAGGAAGUGUCUCAGCUCCGGCAAGGCUCCCCUGGCCCCAGCCAGGCCCAGUGCUGCCCUCUAGAGGACACAUGCAGCAGGACGUCAUCCUGGGAGGCCGAGGAGAUGGACCACCUGCAGGCCCAGGUGGACAAGUGGAGAGGCCUGUACGAGGACCUGUUCAGCCAGCUCACUCCCACCCAGGUGGGAGACACAGUCGACGGACACCAAAAACCCCCCUGAGGCCCCAAGACUGAAAUCUAUAGUUUGGUCUUCUGUUUUUUUUUUUUCUUCCCUCAACUAAAGAAAAGGUUUUCUUGUCUGUUGGAUAGUUUUGUUGCUGCUUUCCCAAGUGUUGUGGUGAAAGUGUUCAUUGUCUUUGUUGGUUUGGGACAUUGUUUACCUGUCUUGUUGAUUCCAGGCCCUGUUGAUUUACUGUUGAAUGAACCUAUACAAUAAUUUUAUAAAGGCCCCCCCCCUUCACCAAAUGUAUGGCGUUGGAAUGUCCGCUUAAUCAUGUAUUUUCAGAUACACUGACGAUUGCAAAGACCCUGUUGCUGAUUGUAGAAAACACAAGAGAACAUGUUGUACCAGUCUGCAUAGUGUCCCUCUCACACUCACUAACUCUUUGUGAGAGUCUUACAGAUGGUAAAGAUUGUUUAACAAAGAAGCACUCACCAUGGCCCUCACCUUAAACCUUCCCUAACCCCCAUUCUGGACCCUCAGCCCAGCUCUGGCAAUGCUUACAUU